AUGGACUAUGCAAGUGGAGGCGGUGGUUCGGGUGGUGACCACCAUCACCACCACGAUGCCUCUGAUCGUAGGAAGAAAAGAUACCAUCGACACACUGCUCAUCAGAUUCAAAGGCUUGAAUCCAUGUUUAAGGAAUGUCCUCAUCCUGAUGAGAAAACAAGGUUGCAGUUGAGUAGAGAGUUGGGAUUGGCUCCUCGCCAGAUUAAGUUCUGGUUCCAAAACAGGAGGACGCAAAUGAAGGCACAACAUGAACGAGCGGAUAACUGUGCACUUAGAGCAGAAAAUGAUAAGAUUAGAUGCGAGAAUAUAGCCAUCAGAGAAGCCUUAAAAAACGUGAUUUGCCCUUCUUGCGGAGGCCCUCCGGUUGGAGAAGAUUCCUACUUUGACGAGCAAAAGCUUCAAAUGGAAAAUGCCCAGUUGAAAGAAGAGCUUGAUAGAGUUUCUAGCAUUGCGGCAAAGUAUAUUGGUAGACCUAUUUCACAACUUCCACCAGUGCAGCCUAUUCAUAUAUCUUCACUAGACUUGUCCAUGUCUAGUUUUGGAGGAGGAGGAAUGGUUGGUCCAUCACUUGACCUUGAUCUUCUUCCAGGAAGUUCAUCAACUAUGCCAGGUUUACCCUUCCCAGCAAUGAGCAUUUCAGACAUGGAUAAAUCCCUUAUGGCUGAUAUUGCUGGGAAUGCCAUGGAUGAAUUGAUUAGGCUUUUACAAACCAAUGAACCUCUUUGGAUGAAGUCCCCGGUCGACGGGAGGGAAGUUCUUAAUCUUGAGAGUUAUGAAAGAAUUUUUCCAAGGGCUAACACUCACUUGAGAAGUCCAAAUAUACGGAUUGAAGCUUCAAGAGAUUCAGGUGUUGUGAUAAUGAACGGUUUAGCAUUGGUGGACAUGUUUAUGGAUGCGAAUAAGUGGGUAGAAUUAUUUCCUACUAUAGUCUCAAGGGCAAGAACACUUGAAGUAAUAUCAUCUGGCAUAUUGGGCAGCCAAAGUGGUACACUGCAAUUGAUGUAUGAAGAAUUGCAGGUGCUUUCACCUUUUGUACCCCCUAGGCAGCUGUACUUCCUUCGUUUCUGUCAGCAGAUUGAGCAAGGUUCUUGGGCAAUAGUCGAUGUUUCGUAUGAUAUUCCUCAAGAAAAUCAAUUUGCUUCUCCAUGUAAAACUCACAGGCUUCCUUCUGGAUGUUUGAUACAAGAUAUGCCCAAUGGCUACUCCAAAGUUACUUGGGUGGAACAUUUAGAAAUUGAAGAAAAAGCUCCUGUGCACAGGCUCUUUGGAGAUCUUAUUCACAGUGGUUUGGCAUUUGGUGCUGAAAGAUGGCUUGCCACUCUUCAAAGAAUGUGUGAAAGAUUUGCUUGUCUGAUGGUAACCGGCAAUUCUACACGUGACCUCGGAGGAGUAAUUCCAUCGGCUGAGGGGAAGAGAAGUAUGAUGAAACUUGCACAAAGAAUGGUAAGCAGCUUCUGCCAAAGCAUCAAUCCAUCCAAUGGCCAUCAAUGGACAACACUUUCAGGCCUGAAUGAAUUUGAAGUUAGAGCCACACUCCACAAAAGCACAGAUCCUGGACAGCCUAAUGGUGUGGUCCUUAGCGCAGCUACUACAAUUUGGCUUCCAAUCCCUCCACAAAAUGUCUUCAACUUUUUUCGUGAUGAGAGGACUAGGCAUCAGUGGGAUGUUCUUUCCAAUCAAGCUCCAGUACAAGAAGUUGCUCACAUUGCCAAUGGCUCUCAUCCUGGAAACUGCAUAUCUGUUUUAAGGGCCUUCAACACAAACCAAAACAACAUGUUGAUUCUUCAAGAAAGCUGCAUAGAUGCAUCAGGGUCGCUGGUAGUUUUUGGUCCAGUUGAUCUUCCAGCUAUAAACAUAGCAAUGAGUGGUGAGGAUCCAUCAUACAUCCCAUUACUGCCAUCGGGGUUCACCAUAACACCUGAUGGCAGGCCUGUAAUGGGGAGUGGUGGGGGUGGUAGUAGUAGCGGUGUUGGUGGUAGGUCAGGUGGAGCUGGAGGUUCACUUAUUACAGUAGUAUUCCAAAUACUAGUAAGCAGCUUACCAUCAGCUAAAAUGAGCCCAGAGUCAGUAAAUACCGUUAAUAACCUUAUCGGCACCACUGUCCACCAAAUUAAAGCUGCCUUGAAUUGCUCCACUACUACUUCUUGA